AUGGUAGCCUCUUAUCUUCUACUCCUUGUGGUUUGGUUCAUCGUGAUAAAACAUGGAUACCAAAAAUUUCAAGAACCGGUUGGAUCAAGUGUAAUUAAAAUCAAAGGUGCGGGACAAGUUUCAUCCAGGAAUGCCGGUUAUCGCCAAGGUACAUUCGACAAUAAGGACCAAUUUCUUUGGGAUGCCACUGAAUACACACUUCCACCGAUUGAAGACAACGCUUUUUUCAUUGUUUCUCGAUCAUUGGUUACUUUCAAACAAACAGAAGACACCUGUCCGACGACUUUAGACAGUAAGCUAUUUUGCAAUUCUACUGAUUCCAGGUUAUGCGUCAAAGGUGCAUCUACUAAUGAUGGAUUGGGUUUUCUCACUGGACAAUGUGUGAAAAGUUCAGAAGACACUACGAAAACUGUGUGCGAAAUCAAUGCUUGGUGUCCUCUAGAAAAUACAAAGUCUACACAGUAUCGAAUCAACAUCGAUAAUUUGCGAAACUUCACUGUUUUCAUGAAAACAGCUGUUAUAUUCUCAGAUGCUAAAGCCGUAAUACGAACAGUUAAUGACAACUUCAAUCCAUCGUGUCGCUUCAACACAGCCACUGAAGUUGGUAAAAAAUGUCCAAUCUUUUCUAUUGGUUAUAUUCUUGACAAUCUUAAAACACAAGCUGGUUCAAUUAACAAAACGGAACUUUAUGAACAAGGCGGUCUCAUUCUAAUUGAACAAGAAUGGGAAUGCAAUCUUGAUACACAAAAAGGAAGGGACGAUUGUUUUCCUACUUACACUUUCAUCUUACUACAAGGUGGCGAUGAGCAAUCACCAUCAGGCAGCAAUUAUCGAUUUGCCAAUAAGUAUCGUGAGAAUGGAAAAGACUAUCGAACAUUAACGAAAGUAUUUGGUCUUCGAUUUAUUGUUGUAAUUACAGGCAAAGGAGGAAAGUUUGAUAUUCUGGCUACGUCCACCACGAUUCAAGGCAAUCUUGAGCUGCUUGGAAUAAUCACCAUUAUCUGCAGCAUAAUAUUGAGCAUGGGAAAUACAACCUCGGAACAGUGGAAAACCAUGAAAACGGAUUUAAAAUCCAACCUGUAUGAUAUAGUAUUUUGUGCUGAUUAG